AAUGAGGAGCUGCGUGGGGUGAGGCAGGGGGAGAGGGGCCCCGCGGCAGGAGGGGCUCAUAGGUCCCCUCUGUGUGUAGAGGCAGGUCAGUAUGUGCCUCCCUGGGCUGGUGUCUCCCUGAGCAGCUCCGCGCACCCCAAGGACCUGCAGCCAGCGGGCACCGUGAGGCACUUCUGUCCCAGCGAUGUUCUUGCUGAAGUCACUGGAAGGGUUUUUUCCAUUAGCCUCCCUGGAGUGGGAUUGUCUCUUCGCAAGGAACGAGGCAGGCAGAGGAGGCCCCUGAAUGUUUGUUAUUCCUGGGUUGCGCAUACAAAAAAAGUGGAGACAUAUGUGCAAAACAGCAGCUUCUGUCCUAGAGGAGGAAUAGAGCUUUGCCAGUGCUUCCCACUUCACCCACGCUUGGCCAGGGUAGAGGCUGCCCUUCCUGCUCCUCCAGCCCCUGAGCAAGAGUGGCCGUACCUCUGAGUCACCAUGGGCAAGAUGGACAACACCUCCGUGGAGCUGAACUCUCCCUCUGAGGUGAAGCAGGCAGCCCUGGAGGAAUCGGAGCCCAUCGCCCCGGAGGCUGUGAGCACCAAGAAGAAGAAGGAGAUCCCAGACAGAGGUUCCUGGAAGGGGAGAUUUGACUUCUUGCUGUCCUGUGUGGGCUAUGCCAUUGGGCUGGGCAAUGUCUGGCGCUUCCCGUAUCUCUGCGGCAAGAACGGAGGAGGGGCCUUCCUCAUUCCCUAUUUCCUGACACUGGUGUUUGCUGGGAUUCCUCUCUUCCUGCUGGAAACUGCUCUGGGCCAGUAUACCUCUGUCGGCGGACUGGGAGUCUGGAAAUUAGCACCCAUGUUUAAAGGAGUGGGGCUGGCAGCUGUGGUUCUCUCCUUCUGGCUGAACAUCUACUACAUUGUCAUCAUUGCCUGGGCUCUCUACUAUCUCUUCAACUCUUUCACCACGGACCUGCCAUGGCAGAGCUGUGGAAACGCCUGGAACACCGACCGCUGCUUCUCCAACUACUCCCUGGGCGACACCACCAACCUCACCAGCGCCGUCACCGAGUUCUGGGAGAGGAACAUGCACCAGAUGUCUGGGGGCCUGGGGGAGCCCGGCACCAUCCGCUGGCCCCUGGCCGGCACACUGGCCCUGGCCUGGCUGCUGGUCUACUUCUCCAUCUGGAAGGGCGUGGAGUGGACGGGCAAGGUGGUGUAUUUCUCAGCCACCUACCCCUACUUCAUGCUUUUCAUCCUCUUCUUCCGGGGAGUCACGCUGCCGGGAGCCAAGGAGGGGAUCCUCUUCUACCUCACGCCUGACUUCAGAAAGCUCUCUGACUCCGAGGUCUGGAUGGACGCAGCCACACAGAUCUUCUUCUCUUACGGCCUGGGUCUGGGGUCCCUGAUCGCUCUGGGGAGCUACAACACUUUCCACAACAAUGUCUACAGAGACUCCAUUAUUGUCUGCUGUAUAAACUCCACCACAAGCAUAUUUGCUGGAUUUGUUAUUUUCUCUAUUGUUGGCUUCAUGUCGCACAUCACGAAGAAGUCGAUCUCAGAGCUGGCCUCCUCAGGCCCUGGACUGGCUUUCCUCGCCUACCCGCAGGUUGUCACACAGCUGCCCCUGUCCCCGCUCUGGUCGAUCCUCUUCUUCUCCAUGCUGAUGAUGUUGGGUCUGGAUAGUCAGUUCUGCACUGUGGAAGGGUUCAUUACAGCCCUGAUGGAUGAGUAUCCUCAUCUUCUGAGAGCCAGGAAGAAGGUCUUCAUCGCAGUAGUCUGUUUCAUCUCUUAUCUCAUUGGAUUCUCCAACAUCACCCAGGGUGGGAUUUAUGUCUUCAAGCUGUUUGAUUACUACUCAGCCAGUGGCAUGUGUCUUCUCUUUCUUGUCUUCUUUGAGACCAUCUCAAUUUCUUGGUGUUAUGGUGUGAACAGGUUUUACAGGAACAUCGAAGAAAUGAUUGGCUACAAACCUUGCAUCUGGUGGAAGAUCUGCUGGGCCUUCUUCACUCCUCUUGUCUGCCUGGGUGUGUUCUUCUUCAGUGUGGUGGAAAUGACCCCUCUGACACUGGGAAAAUACGUCUAUCCCGCAUGGGGACAAGGCAUUGGUUGGCUUAUGGCUCUGUCCUCCAUGGUACUGAUUCCAGGAUACAUGCUGUACUGUUUCUUCACCUCAACGGGGAGUCUCCGGCAGCGUUUGCAGCAGAUGACACAGCCCAAGCCAGAGGUGCACACUCAGAACAACGGCCUCCAGCCGAAGAUGUCCUUGAACGGGAGGGUCUCGGAUGCCACCGUCUAGGAGGAGAGCCCAGACCUCCUCGCCCUGCCCCGUAGCUGCUCACACCAUGUUGUCCCUUCAGCUCCUCUGGCACAGCUUGCUGUCCCUGGCUCCACGGUGGCUUUCGCUUGUUGAAGAGAGGACCUGGCAGAGGAACCCUCUCGCAUCUCCUCCUCCUGGCCCAGCCUACCAAGGCCCUGCACGAGCUGCUACCAGGGCGUUGUGCGGUGACCGUCUUCAUCCUGCAACAUCCUGGUCCAGGCUCUCGGGGAGGAGCAGCCGGUGCCCAGGUCUUCCUCCUCCUGACGAGAGGUGGUGUUUCUAGAGAGCUUAGACUGAUCGCUGAUCAAUUGUUCUUCUUGCCUUUCCAUGUGAACCUCCGCAGAGCAUCCCAUAGCACACAGCUGUGCUGUCACCCCAGAGAGCCAGCUGACACCAGGUUCAAAUCCCAGAUGGCUGGCGAUUGAUCUAGCGUAAACCAACACUAGCAAAUGCAUAGCUGGAGGGGAUGUGGCAGAAUGAGGCGUUCCAUUGACGAGUCCAGCGUGCUAGUAGCUGUAGGACAUCGCGCCAAAACUGGAGAAGGGCAUCAGGACAGUGUGUGCUGCUCACAGGUGCUGUGGUUCAGCCCUGUGCAGUCUCCAGCCAUUUUCACCGCAUCCAUUGGGGCUGGCACUGUGAGCCAGAGCCUAGCAGAGUAGGCAGCCUUUUUCUUCUGGAACGUCCUGCCCUCUGCAGCUGUGUGCAGUAGCCACUCCCUGAUCCUAAAAUGCAGUUUAAAGGGUACGUGGAGGGCUCUUUGCCAGAGGCUGUCCGAGUCUCCUACACUGACCGCUCUCUGCUGCAAUCAGCUUUGUGCAGAGGCAAGAGGUCUGCUGUGUGACGAGGAGACUUUCCAGCUCUGUGCAAAUCUCCCGCGCAGCUGGAACAGGGUGGUUCCUGCCAAACACCCUCCCCGGCUGUGUCCCCGGGUGGGAAGCAAUAACAUGCAGCAUAGUGCCCACGGCUGGUUUAGCUCAUGCCUUUUUUGGGAAGUGCCAACACCUAAAUCCCAGCCGGUGGAAGGCAGGAGCUCCUAGGGGAGCUGAUAGGAUGUAGCCACCAUGCUUAAAGCCGCCCCUGUGAACCAGUGCUAAUUUCCCUUGUGAAGUGUCUGUACAGGCAGCUGCUGGUGCUGGCACAUCCUGACUCCUAGCACACACAACGCAGGAGGCCGUGAGCUGUUGUACAUGAUGCUGGAGGAAUGUAUAACACCUCAGAGAAGGCUGGGAAGUGUUUCAGAGCAAUCCUAAAGCAGCAGCAUAUUUCUUGGUUAUGAAGCCUUGAGAAAGGAGGUGGUUCAUCAUAGCACCGUGUGCAGGUGUGACAGUGAUGCUCCCAUUUGUGACAGCCUCCCAAUGACCCCAUGUGGAGAUACCCAUGUACUCGGAGCAUUUGACGAGCACCCAUCAUACAUGUGCACGCACAGUGUGACAGUGCAAAUUCGUCUCUCCCCUCCCUUAGCACCCUGACAGCGUUCCCAGGUCUGCUCGCACUCCCAGGUUCAGUUCAGAAUCAACAAAUUCAUAAAUGAAUGUCCAAGAAAAGGUACGUCCCACUCACGCUUCCUACCAAAGGGCCUGGUCUUGUAGGUGACAGGCUGAAGUCCCCGGAGGGUCCUACCGCAGGUGCCGGCUGAGUGAUGAGCCUUUGCACAAUUGCCCUGCACUCCGACAGGCGCUGUGGAAGGAUGUGGGUCGCCCUGUGCUGCCUGUCCCUGGGACCAGCCGGUGCAUGGGGCCAGCCCGCUCUUCCACUGGUCUCCCAGCCUGAGGAUCAGUAAUGUAAAGAGGAAAGGAGUUGUCUGGUUAAAGCUGAAGUCAGUCACCUUUGUGGUUGGUUCCCCUGCCAACUCGCUAAUGCAUCUCGAUUAAUGUUGCUUUAGAUGUGUAACCAAUUUGUAUUUAUACGUGGCACGUCCUGUGUCCUGGCUCUUGAGUGCAUGUUUUGCAGUCUCCAACAUCACAAGCUGAGAUCAUGCCCUGUCCCGCACCUAAUCAUUAGGGUGUUUGUGUCAAAAAAAUCGCAGCUGUUAAACAGACAUGAGGAAACGCUGAAUUUACAGGCUUGGUCUUGUAAAGCCGAACAUCAAACACUGAAAGCUGCAAUCAUAGUUCAUCAUAAUUAAUCUCAGCCAGUCACACACAUGUCAUCUUUCCUUGUGCCAUAAUUGCCAGCGCUAGCAUAGCUGAAAUUUUCUAUUCCAUUUUCACCUAUUUUUAUAAACUGGGGAAUAAAGGAGAUCACUAUAUACAUCUAUGUCCUUUGAGAGGGACAUCUGUGUUGAAAACAGAUGUUAACCUCUAAGCUUUCCAGUAAUGACCUUUACUAGAAACCUGCUUUUGCCUGUGCAUCCAGGUCAUGUAACCUCCCUCCCCUUAAAUGCAGACUGAGAGUUGUGCAGGUGGGUGAUGGGCAAAGGAGUCAAUUCUUGAGCGAGGCCUUAAAACCAUGGAAGAUCCCAAUUUUUCCAGCUUCAUUGGGGCAGCUCAGGUCUGAGGUAGACCAAAUCUGUGUCAGUGGUCAUUUUUUGAAACUGUUAGCCAAAGAGCUCAGUUGCUGAGAGAGCUGUUCAAAGGGUUGUACUAUCCAGGUUGUUCCUCCAGGGGACUGGAGAAGGGAGGGUCCAGAAAACAAAGUCCCUUCCCUGGUGGCUGAGGAAAUCCCUAAAUCCUUCCUGCUGGGAUUUUAGUCCUAGCAUCUCUCUGACUUGUGGCCUUGCAUGUGGCAGAUGCAGAACAUAACUCCAGGUGUAGCAGCAGGGGCUACCCCACACAUGGGCUGCCAUAAUAGCAGUAUUUGAUGAGAUUUAACCAUUUGCUCAGUUUCCUGCCUGUGACACUCUCCUUCGCUCUCCCUCCUGCCCUGCUCUUUUUCUCUUGCCUCACUUCUUCCCCACUAUUAUCCAUUCAGUGGCAAUUAUCUACCUCAGCUUGCUUCUUCCUGCUUUUUUGCUUCCACUACUGUCAAAUUACAUCUCUCCUUCCUUUUUCUUCUCCUUUCUAUUCUUUCCUCAUUUAUAUCUCUAUUAUUACCACCUCACUUCUCUGCUUCUUUCAUGUGCUCUCCUUCCAGCCUUAUUACUUAUCCCUUCAUGCCUGUGGCUCAGCUGCUCUUUGUGCGCAUGCUCAACCCUUCUGCCUGCUGAAAGUUGGAGCUCAGGACCCCGUGGAGGAGCUCAGCUUUUUGCAGGAUCCGGUCCCUAAGAACCAAUUUCCAUCCCAAUAUCAAAAUUAUAAUGAAGUUCCAGCUAUCCUCUCUUCCUCUUUGCACCAGAAAGCGCUGUGCCAAGCAAUGCUAUCUCUUGGUAUUACUAGAAGAGACAUUUCAACCCAUAUUCCACCAGUCUCUGCAGAGCUGUGCCUGUUCCGAAAGAUUUUGUGGCCUUUCCUGGUUUUGCACUAUUUUAUUUCCACCAUGAAUGUUUGGAUCUGCAAAGUCAGGCGUUCGUAGCCUUGCAGGGAGGAAUUUGCCCUUAGUCAAGCUCAGUCUGAUUGACUGAUCCCCUCCUCCAGCAUUUCAAACUCAUCCCAUCUUCAGUGCUAGAAGAGCCUUCCCACCUCCAUCAUACGCGGGUUUCCCAUCUAGUGAGAAGGCAGGGAUGGGGCUAGCCCCUUGAGCUCACCCCAUGCCUCAGAAAUGCCACUACAGGCAGGUCCAGCGAAGCAGCCAUAUCUGUGCGUUGACUUUUUGACAUCAGGCUUCGGAUACCAGCUGAAAGGCAUGUGCCGUGCUCGGUGCCAGUGACUCCUCUGUAAGAAGUGCUUUUGUGCUGUUCCCACUGUGCGUCGCUUCUGCUGACCACCACUCUGCUCCUCAUUCCUUUUGGCUCACCCAGCAGAGAGGAUACGUGCAUGGCCGGGGGGUGGGAUGCUCCCCUCUCCCCCAGGCUGCGGUUCAGAAGGGAAUCCCACUCCCCUGUGCUCACCUACAGCGCUCCUGCCCUUUCUCUGCCCCCUUGCCUCCCCAGCACCCGUCAGCCUCUCCCUCCCGCCACAGGCAGCCACUCAAAAUAAUCCCCCGUGAAACCUCUUAAUUCUAAGGAGCUAUUUAGGGAGCUGUGUUCAAAUCCUCCUGAAAUCCUCUUUUUCCUGAGGGCUGUGAAAUAUAAAAUAAACGCCAUUGCCCCCACCCUCUGCCGCAGCAGUGGGGGCUGAGGGGGCCAUGGGAAAGGCAA